GAUGCCCGAUACACUCCUUUACGUACACCGAGCGGCCGCGAAUGACGUGUAUAGUGAAAAAAUAUCCAUAAAAUAACCUACCUCCUUGAGAAGUCGGUUAAAAAUGAACAGAAACAACCAUAGAGUUCCGGAGCAAUUCGUGCUGGCCGCUAUUCUUUCUGGAGGACUGACCAUACUAACUUCCCUCGCGUACAUAACGUUAUGUACGGUAGCUCUGAUAUUCCGGUUUGACUGCUCAGCUGGUCAGCUGUCCAACACCGACGGCUCUCAAUACUUCCUCACCACCAUCUACAGAGUCUACAUUCAGAGUGCGGAUUGUGAGAACGCACUCAGAUAUGGCGGCAUCACGCAGUCACAUUCUGUCUUUAUACUCAUCACGAUCAUACUCUCCUUCUCCGUGCUCAGUCUGUGCUCUUCCAUCGCCAUCAUUGCAGUGGCAAACAGCGAGACAGGCAGUUCGACAAUAAAUAUAUACUCGUGUGUACACAUAGGAGUGUAUGUUGCUAUGCUAGUGGUGGACUUGACUUUGGCUAUCCACUUUGGAAUGGACCACACCCUACUUCAAAGUGAGCUGGCAAUGAGCACGCCAGGUCUGGGUAUGAACUAUGAGAAGGACAUGAUAAGACUAGGAUUACUGCUCCUCAUGACGAUAUCAUUAAAGGGGUACAUCAUACACGCGAUCAAUAUAGUCCUGUUGAUCGUGCUGGCUGUGUACGCUGUGAGACACCAGAGGAGGAACGACAAUGUGCACUCCAUUCAUAAUUUGGGUGUCCUUAAUGCUUUUGAACGACCAAAGCGAGUGGAAGACCCAUGGCAACAAAAUAAUGAAAUGUUCUACGCGCGUGGGCCCCACUCAAACAACGCGUAUAGCCACGACGAGGACUUCAACAGAAAUCCGAUAAGGGAAUCCCUGCAUAUGUCCAAUAAUCGUCCCCACGACCGCUCCAAUUCGUGGCACCGCAGCGAACCCGCGCCAGUCGGUUCCCGGCCCUUCUCUUACCUCGAGGAACCCAAGCGGCCGGUUCCCGUCAAACCACCCACCACGCCCACCAAGGACCCGAAUUGGAGACGAGACCCGUGGCCGCCUGCGCCGUACGUCCCCGAUCCUGACUACAGUCCCCCGCAGUCUAGAAGACUAAAGUCAGCGCUUAAGACUGGAUACUAAGCUGUAAAUAAAUAUCUACUUGUUAA